AACAAAUAAUUUAAAUACUAGCCCUUUCCACCCAAUAAUGGCAACCAUGGCCAAGGAUACAGAGGUGCCACUUCUGACACCAAUAGGAAAUUACAAUGAAGAUGAUGAGUUGCACAACCCAAUACUGAAACCAUCAAAUUGGCCUUUUACUAAUUCAUCAUUCAAAGCUGACGAAGAUGAUAUCCAACAAAUCCGUGGAGUGAAAGAUUUAAUCCGAGAGUUUUCUGUGGAGUCCAAGAAACUAUGGUACCUUGCUGCUCCAGCCAUUUUCACUUCUGUUUGCCAAUAUUCCAUCGGUGCCGUAACUCAAGUAUUUGCUGGUCAUGUUGGUACCAUUCAACUAGCGGCCGUCUCCAUCGAAAACUCUGUCAUUGCUGGUUUUGCUUUUGGUGUCAUGUUGGGCAUGGGAAGUGCAUUGGAGACACUAUGUGGACAAGCAUUUGGAGCAAAACAACUUGAAAUGCUAGGAACUUACAUGCAACGAUCAUGGGUAAUCCUCACUACCACAGCCCUGGUUCUAAUAUUUCCUUACAUUUUCGCCACCCCACUUCUCAAAUUCAUCGGUCAAACGCCAGAUAUAUCGAAAUGGGCAGGUAUGUUUGCUGUGUGGAUGAUUCCACAGUUGUUCGCCUAUGCACUGAACUUUCCGAUACAAAAAUUCUUGCAAGCUCAAAGCAAGAUCAUGGUGAUGGCGGCCAUAGCGGCAGUUGGUCUAAUCGGACACACAUUGUUCAGUUGGCUGUUGAUGCUCAAGCUAGGGUGGGGACUGGUGGGUGGUGCGGUGGUGCUGAAUGGUUCGUGGUGGUUCAUAGUGGUGGCUCAGCUGGUGUAUAUUUUAAGUGGGACUUGUGGACAAGCUUGGUCUGGAUUUUCUUUAAAGGCUUUUCAAAAUCUUUGGGAUUUUGUUAAAUUAUCUUUUGCAUCGGCUGUCAUGCUCUGCUUAGAGAUGUGGUACUUUAUGGCACUAAUUCUCGUUGCUGGAUACCUCAAGAAUGCUGAAGUAGCUGUGGAUGCAAUUUCUAUUUGCAUGAAUAUAGAAGGCUGGAUGUUCAUGGUGGCACUUGGAUUCAAUGCUGCAAUAAGCGUGAGAGUGUCAAAUGAACUAGGAGCAGGGCAUCCAAGAACUGCAAAAUUUUCAGUAAUAAUAGCCUCCAUCACUUCGCUUUUAGCCGGCGUCUUCCUCUCAUUGGUUCUACUUUUUUCUCGGAGUUGGUAUCCUCCAUUGUUUUCAAAUAGUGCGGAAGUCCAGCAGGUUGUAUAUGAGCUCACACCUAUGUUAGCAGUCACCAUUAUUGUUAGCAGUCUUCAACCUACUCUUUCAGGGGUGGCCAUAGGAGCAGGGUGGCAAGCAUACGUCGCAUAUGUGAACAUAGCUUGCUACUAUUUGUUUGGUAUUCCCAUAGGUCUCAUACUUGGCUUCCUCCUUGACAUUGGCGUUAAGGGAAUCUGGUAUGGGAUGCUAGCAGGUAUGACUCUUCAAACUGGUGUCUUGAUCAUGAUGGUCCUUCGAACUAAUUGGAACAAGGAGGCUUCCCUUGCCAGAGACAGAAUAAAACAAUGGGGAGGAGACUCGGAGGCCAAAGAAAAUGGUGAAAACCUUGUUAGCUGAGUGCAGGCCAAAUUGAAAUUAUACUGCCUGUUUAAUCUGAAUGCCACAAAUGAUUAUAGAGAACAAAGUAUAAUAGUUUGCAUUUAUGUCAAUUCUUUCAAUAUUCACACAGAGGAAUCUAAUGUUUGGCGAAAAAAGAGGGCUUUUUUCGCUUUUAACCCUGCCAGACUGUAGGGAGGAGAAAUAAAAACCAUCAAACAUGCAAACAGAUGAUAAAUGCGAAGUCUAGUGCAUGGCAGAA